CAAGCUCGGGGCUGAGGGCGGGGUUUUGGGCUCAGGGUUCCGAGUUCGAGGCUCGGGUGCGGAGGGAAGCGGAGCCAUGGGGCCGCGCCGGGCGCUGGGGCUGGCGGUGCUGCUGCUGGGGGUCCUGGGCGCCUCGACGUGCGGGCGCCAUUCCCUGCACUACUACUACAUGGGUGUGUCGGAGUCCAGCCCAGGGCUGCCUGAGUUUGUGUCCUUGGGGUAUGUGGAUGGGAACCUCGUCUCUCGCUAUGACAGCGAGACAGGGAAGACAGUGCCCAAGGCAGACUGGGUGAAGGACAACGUGGAUGAGCAGCACUGGGUCACCCAGACCCAGAGGGGAAAGGAAAAUCAGGAGUUUUACCAUGUGUGCCUGAACACAAUGAAGAGACGCUACAACCAGAGUGGCGGGUUUCACACGCUGCAGCGCAGGUAUGGCUGUGAACUCCUGGAAGACGGCAGCAUCAGUGGGUUUUAUCGGGGCGCCUACGAUGGGAAGGACUUCAUUGCUCUUGACAUGGACACGAUGACGUUUGUUGUGUGGGACACAGUGGCGGAAGUCACCAAGAGGCAGUGGGAGGAGGAAGGGAGGCAAGCUAAGUUGUGGAAGGACUUCCUGAAGAAUACCUGCAUCAAGUGGCUGAGGAAAUACCUGAGCUAUGGGCAGGCUGUGCUGGAGAGGAAAGAGCUGCCUGUGGUCCAUGUGUCUGGGAAGGAGGCUGAAGGGAUCUUGACCUUGCGUUGCCACGUUUAUGGUUUCUACCCACGGCCCAUCGUUGUCAGCUGGUUGAAGGAUGGCGAGGUGAGAGACCAGGACACCGUGUGGAGCAGCAUUGCACCCAAUAGUGACGGCACCUACUAUGUCUCGGCUUCUAUUGAUGUACACCCGGAGGAGAAGCACAAGUACAGGUGCCGUGUGGAGCACGCCAGCCUGGCCCAGCCUGGCCUCUUUGCAUGGGAUGAGCACAGUGGCCUUGGACGCGUGAAGCGGCGGGCUGGGGUGGUUCCCCUCCUCACUCCAGACAUGAAGUUCAACCUGGUCACCACCGUGCUUGCUGUGGCUGCUGCUGCCACCAUUGUUGCCGGAUUUGCCUUCUGGAAGUACAAGUUGAAUAAAGCUCCAGGGCCGUGAAGCAGACGAACAACUAUGACAAGGUGCCAGGGUGCACUACCCGAGCGCUUGGUGAGGGGUCGACCCAUGGUGGGAUGCAUCUCUGAAGUGACAGGGCUUGAUCAACAGGUCCAGAACAAAAUAGGUGCCCCGUGGAUGAUUCAUGUUGCACUGCUGUGUGUGCUGUUUAUUCUGUAACUCCUCACAUCCUGUGAUCAGUAGAGUGUGCUGUGCUCUUUUUGAUACAUAGAGUGUGAGAAAAUGCAUCAUAGUUGCAUUAUCAGUAGAAUUGGGCUGUGCCACCUUAAUUGUAGCUUCUCCAGCUCGCAGAGAGAAAAAGACCAUUGAUGCCCUGGCUAACCAAUCAGCAGGAGCAUGAGUACUGUGUAAAAGGAGAAAAACUAUGUAGGAAUGCUGCACCUCAACAGCCCCCUUAGUUUCAAGAUGAGAGAUAUCCACCUGCCUCGAUAUCUCCUCUCUUGGGGCCUUGGCCAGGCCCCAGGAGGUAGAGGGCAGUGAGCAUCUGAGACCAGAGAUUCUGCAUUUUUAGAACGAUGUAAGUUGUUUAUUUAACAAUGAGAAAAAUAGAGGGGAUAUCCACCUCAGGUCGCCAUCAUUCAUGGAGGUAAAAGAUUUGGAUCCACCAGUCUUAAUGAUGGGGCCAAAGUAUCUGGUCAAAAGCCACAUGGUCCUCCUGAAUCAGCUGGAGUAAUGGCCACAGGGAAAGACGAUACAGUUUUAAUCAAGAAACAUCAUGUCUCGGGAGAUAUCACUGUUGAAGGGAAUUUGGACGUUGAUAACUAUGUGAUAUCCUUAGGAAAGACUCUCCGGGAAUUGCAUAAAUUCGUGACUGUUAACAAAUCCGUAAAGCUUGAUACACCAGGACAUCCAUUCCAGCCUGGAAAUUGGGUGUAGAUAAGUCCUCGGACUCGGAACCAUUAACUCACACCUAGGUAGAAAAGACCAUACCGGGUACUUUUAACUGCAUACACAGCUGUGAAGCUGUCUGGAAAAGGACAUUGGAUUCAUCAUUCGCAAAUUAAAAAGGUUCCUGCUUCAUGGAUCGUGGAAUAAUGAUCCCCCAACAGCUCAUGACAUGGGAAUUGAGUGGGUACCAAAGCCUGAGUGGACAAUCCAACAGGACUCGAGGAACCCACUAAAGAUGAGGAUUCAAAGAGUUAGGUCAUGAUGAAUUUUGAAAUUGCUGUUACUACAAUGAUAGCCGUGGGUAAAAAAGUUGGAUUGGAAUGGCAACAGCAUAUUCAAAUUGAUAAAAUGUUUAGGUAAAAAGAAUAGACUCUCUAGCAUGACAGCCUUCCUCCCCAUGCCCCGUUCCACCUCAGACCCCAUACUCUGGGGAAUUAUUCCUUUAGAUUUUACAGACCUUCCAAAAUUGCAUAAUAUCACCAAAGCGCUAAAACAGGUGAGUGCGAGUAAUUGUUUAGAUAGCGAAGACAAAGAGGGAGUGCGGUUCAGUAGGAUGCAACGCUUUGGCAGCGGGGAAGUAACAGGACUGGUUUUGGGCAUUGUGCUAACUUCCCUUGCCCAAAGGCGUCCAUCCCAUUAGUCCACCAUUUCUUAGACUGGGUUGCAGGGUACAGCGAGACAUGAGUUGUUGCAGGAUUAAUGACCACAUGUGUUACCAACUGCAGCAGUGAUGUGACUGUAUUCCCAGAAUAUCAUAUCUUGAGAAAAGGCUUUGAGACUUCGGAUAAAACUUGCAAGGAGGUUGAAGAUAUAUUUCUCCCCUUAAAUAGUGCUUUAGAUGGGGAAAGAAAGAUAAAUUUGGUGACCCAAGUUGCCCUGAACUGCACACAGAAAAUCACACGUAACUUUGUCAGGGGCAGAUGUGAUAAUAACAGCUUUCUGUUUAUUGUGAAAAGAACAUUAGAAUUCUGAACAGCCUGUAUCAACACUUCCAGCUGUUUACGGGUUGAAGUGCCAGC